UAUUUACUCUUUUAGGUGGAAAUGGGCAUGAAGAACCAUGAAAUAGUUCCUGCUAGCAUAAUUGCUUCGAUUGCGAGCCUUAAACAUGGUGGCUGUAAUAAAAUUCUAAGAGAGUUGGUGAAGCACAAACUUCUAGCUUAUGAGCGAACUAAAACUGUCCAGGGUUAUCGGUUAACUAAUGCAGGAUAUGAUUACCUUGCUUUGAAAACUCUGUCUUCCCGGCAAGUCAUAAAUUCUGUUGGAAACCAGAUGGGUGUUGGCAAAGAAUCAGAUAUUUAUAUUGUUGCAAAUGAAGAGGAGCAACAGUUUGCAUUGAAAUUACAUAGGCUUGGCAGAACUUCCUUUCGCAGUCUGAAAAAUAAACGUGACUACCACAAGCACAGACAUAAAAUGUCAUGGCUGUAUUUGUCCCGGCUAGCAGCAACGAAGGAGUUUGCCUAUAUGAAGGCUUUGCAUGACAGAAAAUUUCCUGUUCCAAAACCUGUAGACUACAACAGACAUGCAGUUGUUAUGGAACUUAUUGAUGGCUAUCCUUU